AUGUCCACGACAUUAGGCAGCUCCCUUCGUCUCAGAAAUGGCCAAAAUGCUAACACUAACACAACUGACUUCACCCACAGCAGCAACAACGUCAUUCCACCACUUCCCAAGAAGACGUUGCCUAAUCAUGUCUUAUCAAAGAAGUCUGCCAACCGUACUAGUGUCAGGGAAGAGAAUGAACAACGUCCAUGCAGCACCGCUAUGGUAGAUUCCCUACAUAGAGAUGCUGGGAGGGAGCAAGUGGGAACUGAAAGUUUUCAAAUGACUGCUAUGAAGGUUUUCUGUACAAAAGUUCCCAACUAUGGGUAUCUGACCCCAGCAGAUGCGCCAGUAAACAACGAGUCUCACGCAAGAAGCACGGUAACCCGUAACUCCCCAGUAACAAACAGAAUAACUCGUAGAUCAGAUUCAGAACCAAGAAAUGUUGACCUCAGCACAUCAAUUCCUGUCUCGCCUACCUCAGUGCUGUCAGUGUCUCGCUUGUCCACUGAGUACGACCUACCAGACGAGGACAUGGACCACUACAACAGGAUCCACGAUGACCAGUGGCAUCCUUCAAACGGUCAGCAGGGACAAAGCCAAAUUCCGGGAGUACCCGAUGAUUCCGCGCAUACAUAUCUGCAGUUUAGUAGCAAAAGCUCGAGUAAUACUAUACAGCAGUGUACUAGUCUAAGCAGAGUCAAUUGUUGGAUCGUGGUGUCACUAACUGCCACACUCAUUAUCUCCAUGACAGCAUUGAGUCUUAGCAUCUACGAGCUCGCUUCAGUAUCAGCAAACACAAGACACAUUUCAUUGAAUCUCACAAAGUCGCUGGGUGAAAUGUCCAUAACAGUAAAUGAUUUGAUACAAGAGAAUGAAGUAUUUAAAGGAGCUUUGGAGUCACAGAAAACGAAUGUAACAUUGUUAACUGAGGAUAAAAUGAAUCAUGCUUGGACCCAGUUUGAAAACCUCAAAUUAGUGAUAGAAUCAUUUAGUGAUAAAUUUGACGACCGAAUUGCUAAUCUGAGCCUCACCCCUGGACCUCAAGGUGAUCCAGGCACUGUUAAUUAUUCACUGUGUGUUAACGAGUCUGUCAGCGCGUCAGCUCCUGCUUCAGCAACAGUUAGAACCGAAACAUCUCUGCUGCCCUCCAUGACUGAUAUUCAGAACUAUUUUGUCACUUUUGCUUACUGCACAUACUCUGGGGCUACCGAUGUUAAUUUGGAUUCCCUUAAAGACAACACAACACAGAGACAGAGAUACCGGUGCAAAUGUUGGGGCCAAGUGUCAGGAGUCAACCAGACCGUCUGCUCAGUCUUUGUAUGGAUGUGUCCACAAGAGUGGGUUUAA